AUGACCGUAGCCAUUAUUGGAGCAGGACCAGCAGGACUGGCUCUGGCUCAUAUUUUGAACGGAAAUAUCCCGCACUACGAUCCAGAUCUCUUUGGCCCCCAUCCCGACCCGCAGUUGCAUGAGCUCCUGAUCAAUUGCCCCAACCUGCUGUGCGCGGCCACCGAGUCAAAAAUACUAGAGUACGUGAAACUCAACGUGCAGUCGUUCUUCAGCUCAGACUGCUCUCCAGUGAGCCUGCUGUUUGAUACCUUGCGCAUUCCAUGUGAAACCAAUAUUCAAAACCAGUCCACCAUGGAGUCUCGGGUUUCCUGGAAAGCCUCACCAGAAAACAAGGUCCCAUAUACACUAAUUGGUGGUAAAGACGGUGCAGGAGGACAAUGGUCCAAUAUGGACAGCGAUAGCGAAGACAGCCGUGUGUUGAGUUACGCAGAAAUGCUGUCUCUGCCCGGCUGGGCAUUCUCACACUUUUAUCGUGAGAGAUACAACUGUGCCGUGCCUGACUUUCUACGUCCUACAAGGAAAGUUGUAGCCGAGUACUAUAAGCUCUAUGCUGAUAAAAUGGGCAUUCCUGUCACCAACAAAUUGGUGGGCAAUAUCACCAAAUCGCCAAACGGCUUUGCGGUUCUAACCACGGCCGGCGACCUUAUUUGCGAAGCCACAGACGUUGUUCUCGCCUCUGGAAUUUCGUGUGCGCAGACCGAUUCGAUGCAGACCAAAAAACUCGCGCCCUCAGGUAGCGUCGUCGUAGUGGGAUCUGGGGUGUCUGCCGCCGACGCAGUGAUAUGCGCAAAGCCCGACAAAGUCCUGCACAUUUACAAAUGGACCUCGCCGCAAGGGGAGCCGACACCGCUCAGACGAUACCCCAAAAAGCUAUAUCCGGAAUACGCUGCUAUUUUUGAAGAAAUGAAAUCAAGAACUGGACCUACAUAUACCGGCAUACCCAAUGGCCAGAUAAUAAAAAUUGAUGAAAACAAAGUGCUAAUACAAAAACAGGACGGAGACGUGCUGGAAGCUCAGGCCAAGGAAGUCAUUAUCCGCACGGGCCGAGCCGGAUCAUUGGCAUACGCCCAAGACGUUUUGCCCAAGAAAACAGAGUUGGUGGGCAAGAUGUCAUUACGGGACCUUGGCUACCCGCUGCCCAAAAUAGCAGAUAACGUCUGGGCGAUCGGCAGUCUUACUGGUGAUUCUCUCGUCCGGUAUAUUCUGGGUAUGAGUUGUGCUGUUGCUUGGAACUUGAUGGAUUAG